AUGACGGUCGAAGCCGUCGAGAAGGUGGCGCUUCUGGAAGACGGUGCAAGCAUCAAGGAAAGCGUCCGGCGGCACCGGUGGUUCAUCGGUGUGCUGUGUGUCGUGGUCGUGGCCAUAAUCUGGACGUUUGCCAGUGUGCUUGUGCAAUACGUGUUUCACGACCUAGGGUUUUCCAAACCAUUCUUCCUCACGUACAUUGCGAACUCGCUGUUUGCGGUGAACCUGCCGCUGUAUUGCAUCGGGACCAAGAUCGGGUACAUCAAAACCGAAACUCACGUGGGUGUGCGCGAUACACUGCGGGUCAGCGCGAUUGUCGCUCCAUUAUGGUUUGUCGCCAACUGCGCAUACAACUUCAGCCUGAACAUGACAAGCGUUACGAGCAGCACAAUCAUCAGCUCCACUUCGUCCAUGUUCACCUUUGCCUUGAGUGUGUUUUUCCUUGGCGAGAAGUUCGCUUGGUUCAAGUUUGCGGGAGUUGCCUUUUGCAUGGCGGGAAACAUCUUCACGGUCUUGCAAGAUGGCUCGUCCGGCGCAGCCGACUCGUUCACGGGCGACACGGUCGCACUCGUUUCUGCCUUUAUGUACGCUGUCUACACGUCCACGAUGCGCAAGUACAUUCCAGACGACUCCAGCAUGAGCCUUUCUCUCUUCUUUGGGCUCCUUGGUCUGCUCAACUUUGUCUGUUUGUUGCCUGUGGUGCUUGCUCUGCACUUCUCCAAUGUCGAAUCGUUGCAGGAGCUGACCGUGGAGAUCCUUGGACUCUUGACCGUCAAGGGUCUCUUCGACAACGUGCUGUCCGAUUACCUGUGGGCGCUUGCCAUGUUGUACACAACACCGACCGUCGCGACCAUCGGGUUGUCGUUGACCGUGCCAUUCGCCAUCUUCUCGGAUCUCAUCUUUCAUGGGGUUUCUCCUACGGCGGUGGUCAUCUUUGCGUCCAUCUUUGUCAUCACGGGUUUCGUCCUUAUCAAUAUGAGCAGCACAGGUGCAGGGUACGAUUUGUCGGCGGGCACGUUCUCGCCGGAUGGCCGCAUCUUUCAAGUCGAGUACGCCAAGAAGGCCGUCGAGAACAGCGGGACUGCCAUUGGCAUUAACUGCAAAGACGGUGUCGUCAUGGGCGUUGAAAAGAUUCUUCUCUCCAAGUUGCUCGUGCCCGGGACGCACCGCCGCAUUCAUGCCAUCGAUCGCCACGUUGGCUUGGCCAUUUCCGGCUUGGUCGCGGACGGUCGUCAGCUGGUCAACCGCGCUCGUGAAGAAGCUGCUUCGUACAAGAAAAACUACGGAAGUCCGAUUCCUCCUCAGAUGUUGGCGGAUCGCAUGAGUCAAUACGUGCAUUACUACACGCUGUACGGAUCUGUGCGUCCCUUUGGCACAUCCAUCAUGCUUGCCGGGCGCGACGUGGACACGGGCAAGACGUUUCUGAAUGUGAUCGAACCAUCGGGCGUGUCGUACCGAUUCCGUGGCGCGGCCAUGGGGAAAGGCGAGCAAGCGGCCAAGACUGAGAUUGAAAAGUACAAACUCUUUGACCUGACCUGUCGCGAAGCUAUCAAAUACAUCGCCAAAAUUUUGAAUGUCCUGCACGACGAAGUCAAGCACCCAUUCGAACUCGAACUGAGCUGGCUGUGCGAAGAAUCCAACUGGCAGCAUCAGCUCGUGCCGGCUAACAUCCGAGAUGACGCCACCGCGUGGGCCCUUCAGUCGAUUCAAGACGAUGACAUGGCCGAUGACGACGACGACGCGUAG